AUGGCGCAUUCAGCGAAAUUCUUUAUUAAAUUCCCUCUCCGCACAUGUUGGGCUACAUUCACUUUGUACGAUAAUGUGGAGGCAUGUUCGAUUGGUGUUCUGCCUAACACUGGGUCCGUGCGGAGGCCAAGGGCGCCACGGCUGGCAGACAUACCAAGACAUUCAGCGGUCGACGUCAGUGCAGAGGCUAAUAGAAAAAAUGACGUCGAUAAAAGAUGGCAACAGACCGAUGGAGACAGACUAACAACAUGCACCGAACGUUCUACUCUACUUCGGUCUCACGCAGCUAAGUCUGCAGAGUGUAGCGGACACAGUUCACCGCGCCCACGCCGCGCGCCCCGUGAGUCCCGUCGAGUGUCCCUUGCGCAGGCGCCGGGCUAUGUCCAGCUCAACCAGUAUCGGCUGCUAGAACCAAUUGGUCAGGGUUCCUACGGUAUUGUUAAGUUAGCUUACAACGAAGAAGAUGAUACGCAUUAUGCAAUGAAGAUCCUUUCGAAGCGUAAGUUGAUGCGACGCGCAGGUCUGUUCGGGAGAGCACCACCGCGGCGCCCGGGUCCUGGGCCCCAGGCUCCCGGACCGUCGCCGGACCCGCUGCAAAGAAUCUACAGGGAGAUAGCCGUGCUCAAAAAAUUAGACCACCCUAAUGUAGUUAAAUUAGUUGAGGUCUUAGACGACCCAGCUGAAGACCAAUUGUACUUAGUGUUCCAGCUGUUAGAAGGAGGUCCUGUGAUAGAUAUACCGACUGAAAAUCCUUUAGAUGAAAACGUAGCAAGAAAAUAUUUUAGGGAUUCAUUGCUAGGUGUCGAAUACUUACAUUUUCAACGAAUAGCGCACCGUGAUAUCAAACCUGCGAAUUUACUGCUCGGUGAGGGCAGAGUGCAGGUGGCUGAUCUCGGAGCGUGCGGUGAACUAGCAGGUGCUGGGAAACUCUCUGGCGCAGUUGGCACACCCGCCUUCCGAGCACCCGAAGCCUUUGCACCAGCGGAUAGGUAUAUAGGCGAGGCGGCAGAUAUAUGGUCACUAGGUGUUACAUUAUACGCGAUGGUAACAGGCCGAGUGCCAUGGUGUGGUGACAAUACAACGGAACUACAAAAGCGGGUCCUAACUGAGCCACUCUCUUUCCCUUCAAAACCGGCGCUGUCUCGGCCACUACGACGAUUGCUGGCUAGAAUGCUUGAUAAAAAUCCAAACACGAGAGCUUUAAUGCAGGAAAUCAAAGAGCACGAAUGGAUAACAAAUGGUGGUAAAGAUCCUCUUCCUUCAGAGCAAGAGAAUUGUAGAUUAGUUGAAGUAACAGACGAAGAUAUGGCCAGAGUCGUUACCUCCAUACCGAACCUAUCAACGCUAAUACUCAUCAAGACAAUGCUCAAGAAACAUAGUUUUCAGAAUCCCUUCCUACGCAGCCGUGAAGGUAGUGCCCGUAGGGAGUCUAAUGUCGGUGAAAUCGACAACGAAGCACAUAAGCAAUCACUUCGAAGAACUGCUUUAGCCAAAUCCGGACGAUCGCUUUCGGCCCCCGGAAAUUAUCUUACAGAAAACCGCCAACCAUCAUUUGAUAUCGGCUUAGAGGCAGUUCAGGAGACGAAGGAGAAACCGGUCGAAACUGCUGUCAAAGAAAAUGGUAAACUAGAGACAAGACGGUGAUGCUGCGCAUGGGCGCAUCGCGCUAGGAUCUAAAAAAUAAA